AGAAAAUGGCGACGGCGGGGAGCCGGACCUCGUCGUCGGGAACAGCAGCGGAGUCUAAUAACGGUGUUAACGUCGCGAACGCGCCCCAGGACGGCUGCAGCGCGCCCGCAGUGCCGAGCGGUCCCGGGACGGCGGAGGGUUCGCAAUGGAAGCGCAGAGAGCUGUGGAAAGUGAGGAGCGUGGACCUGGAUAACAAGCCCGAGUCACUCCUCCUCCUGCAGUCGCCCGACGGCGGAGCGGCUCCCGCGCCCGCGCAGCUGCACUUCUCAUCCGCCUCGUCGCCGGGAGCCGUUCAGACGCCACUGCUACUGCAGCAGCAGCAAAGCGCGCGCGUCUCCAGGAGCAGCAGUGGCGGCGGCGGCGGCUCCCUGGGCGGGAGGAGCGCUUCGGACGCGCAGGAAUGGCUGAACUCGUCCUGUAGAACGGACAGCGAGCGACUCGGCUCGGCCAGCGGAGCCCCGGUCUGCGUGUCCCCGAGCAGUCACGAUAUGGAAAGCAAGGACACGCCACGGGGCCUGCAGAAGAUGGACGACCGUCCCGAGGAGCGGAUGAUCCGCGAAAAACUGAAGGCCACCUGCAUGCCCACUUGGAAGCACGAGUGGCUGGAGAGACGCAACCGGCGAGGCCCCGUGGUUGUCAAGCCCAUCCCUCUGAGGCCUGAUGGGAGCGAGGUGGGCCGACCGGGGGCCGAGGCUGGCGGAGAUGCCCAGGCUCUUUCCCUCCUGGCCCGUGGGCGCCGGAGCCCUUCUCCUGGGCCAUACUCCUCCUCAUCAUCAUCCUCAUCUGGAAGGACUGGUGGCAAGCCAGAAUCACCCGGUGUGCGCAGGAAGAGGGCCUCUCCAGUGCCGUUUCAGAGUGGCCGAGUGACACCCCCACGACGUGCACCCUCCCCAGAUGGGUUUUCCCCCUACAGUCCCGAGGAGACCAACCGCAGGGUCAACAAGGUCAUGAGAGCCCGACUUUACCUGCUGCAGCAGAUAGGGCCCAACUCCUUCCUCAUUGGAGGGGACAGCCCUGACAACAAAUACAGGGUGUUCAUUGGGCCGCAGACCUGCAGCUGUGGCAGAGGCACCUUCUGCAUCCAUGUGCUCUUCGUCAUGUUGAGGGUCUUCCAGCUCGAGCCCUCGGACCCGCUGCUCUGGAGGAAAACUCUCAAGAACUUUGAGGUGGAGAGCUUGUUCCAGAAGUACCACAAUCGUCGCAGCUCACGGAUCAAGGCUCCCUCUCGCAACACGAUCCAGAAGUUUGUUUCUCGCAUGUCCAACUCUCACACGUCUUGUGCUUCUAGCACCUCGACAUCCAGUAAUGAGAACAGCAGCAUGAAGGAUGAGGAGGAGCAAAUGUGUCCCAUCUGCCUGCUGGAUAUGCUGGACGAGGAGAGCCUGACGGUGUGCGAGGAGGGCUGCAGAAACAAGCUGCACCACCACUGCAUGUCCAUCUGGGCCGAGGAGUGCCGGAGAAACAACGAAACCCUCAUCUGCCCUCUCUGCAGGGCCAAGUGGAAAUCGCAUGAUUUUUACAGUCAUGAGCCAGCUUCCCCAGUGGACAGCACUACCAGUCAAUCCCAGGCUUUGGGACCCAGCGAGGGACACAGGCAGUCCCACGAUGGGGACUUCACCCUCCCCCACUAUGGAGUGCAGCAAAUCCCCCAGGCCUACAAGGAGCUGGCUGAGCCCUGGAUCAAGGUUUUCGGGAUGGAACUGGUGGGCUGCCUCUUCUCCAGGAACUGGAACAUCCGGGAGAUGGCUCUACGGCGUCUGUCCCAUGAUGUCAGCGGGGCACUUCUGCUGGCCAACGGGGAGCGCUCGUGUCCCGGGGCAGGACAGGGGGCCGGGGCAGGUGGUUGCGAGGCCUCCGGAGACGUGGUGGUGGAGUCUUGUUGCAGUGUGCUCUCCAUGGUGUGUGCGGACCCUGUCUACAAGGUGUACGUGGCGGCGCUGAAAACACUGCGGGCCAUGCUGGUGUACACCCCCUGCCACUCGGUGUCAGAACAGGUGCGACUGCAGCAGCUGCUCCGGCCCGUGGUGGAGACCAUACUGGUCAAGUGUGCCGACGCCAACAGCCGCACCAGCCAGCUGUCGGUGUCCACCCUGCUGGAGCUGUGCAAGGGUCAGGUGGGAGAGCUUGCAGUGGGCAGAGAGAUACUGAAAGCAGGGUCCAUGGGCAUCGGCGGUGUGGAUUAUGUGCUGAAUUGCAUCCUGGGCUUGCAGACAGAGGCCACCAACUGGCAGGCGCUGCUGGGACGCCUGUGUCUCAUUGACCGUCUGCUGCUGGAGUUCCCAGGGGAGUUCUACCCCCACAUUGUCUCUAGUGCUGAUGGCCCGCAGUCCCACGCGCUGGUGGAGAGGUACCAGAAGCUGCUGGCCCUCCUGAGCUUUGCACUGCAGUCCAUCGACAACUCCCACUCCAUGGUGGGUAAGCUCUCCCGUCGCGUGUUCUUGAGUGCUGCUCGCAUGGUGGCUCGCGUCCCCCACGUCUUUGUCAAGCUUCUCGACAUGCUAAGCGUCACCAGCUCCACGCAUUACGCCCGCAUGCGUCGCCGCCUGCUGGCCAUCGCCGAGGAGAUGGACAUCUUGGAGGCCAUCCAUCUGGGCCAGGAGGAGGCCAGGGCAGAAGAAGCCUUCCAGGAGCCAGCUGCACCUAGCAACUCCCCUGUCGCUACAGAGUGCAGCUCGCUGGCCAACACCAUGCAACUGUCCGGCAGAAGAGUCGUGGCCCCCAGUGAAGCUGGUGGCAAACCAGGUCAAGAUGAUGUCACAGAGCGACUAGCAGCCAUCACUGCAGCACUGCCCUCAAUGGGAUCCCCUGGCGAGCACGCAAAGCCUCCUGUUCAGGCUCGGGUCCGGCCAGCAAAUCAGAGCCCAAACUCCCCUUCCUCCAGUCAUCCUCAGACCCCUUCUUCCCCUUCAGCCACCCAUGAGUCCCCAAAAGCCAGACCUCACAGUUUUGUCCCCAGUAGGCCUUGUGCCUCCCCUCCAAACACCCAGCGCAAGUUCCCCCCACAGAAGGGUGCCGGCACCAGCAGGGAUCCAGAGAAACUGUCCCCUAUCUUCACACAGGCCCGCCCCAUCGCCUCCAGCCACAUUCACAGACCAAAGCCAUCACGACCCUCCCUGGGCGAGGGGGUCAAGGCCCUCUGCCCACCUUCUCGGGGGCACAUGAAGCUGGAGCUCCAGGACAGCCGCACAAGUAGCGGGUCUCUGUUCCCCAGCGACGACACGGUCUUCACCCCGGUGGAAGACAAGUACCGUGGCCUAGAGGCCUCGGCCGAGCUUAACUCCAGCAUGGAGGACCUCUUGGAGGGCUCAGGACCUGCUGGUGACAGCACUGUGACCUUCCGCUCUGAGGUGGCAGUGGUGUCACCCGAGCGGGCUGGUGCCGGGGAGGAAGACGACCAUGACGGCACCUAUAGCGACGACGUGACGCAGAACCAGAAAUGCAAGGAGAAGAUGGAGGCCGAGGAGGAGGAGGCGCUGGCCAUCGUCAUGGCCAUGUCCGAGGCACAGGACGCCCUGCCCACCAUCCCUCAACUGCAGGUGGACAAGGGGGAGGAUGUGAUCAUCAUCCAAGCAGAGACCCCGGAGACUCUGCCGGGCCACACCAAAGCGAAACAGCCCUACCGUGAGGGGGUUGAGUGGCUCAAAGGUCAGCAGAUCGGCCUGGGCGCCUUCUCCUCCUGCUACCAGGCCCAGGACGUGGGCACCGGCACGCUCAUGGCAGUCAAGCAGGUGACCUAUGUGCGCAACACCUCCUCGGAGCAGGAGGAGGUGGUGGAGGCCCUGCGGGAGGAGAUCCGCAUGAUGAGCCACCUCAACCACCCCAACAUCAUCCGCAUGCUGGGCGCCACCUGCGAGAAGAACAACUACAACCUCUUUGUGGAGUGGAUGGCAGGUGGCUCCGUGUCCCACCUGCUGAACAAGUACGGUGCCUUCAAGGAGGCCGUGAUCAUCAACUACACAGAGCAACUGCUGCGUGGACUGGCCUACCUCCACGAGAACCAGAUCAUCCACAGAGAUAUUAAAGGGGCCAACCUACUGAUCGACAGCACAGGGCAAAGGCUACGCAUCGCCGACUUUGGCGCAGCGGCCCGCCUGGCCUCCAAGGGAACGGGAGCGGGAGAGUUUCAGGGCCAGCUUCUGGGCACCAUCGCUUUCAUGGCUCCGGAGGUGUUGCGUGGGCAGCAGUAUGGUCGCAGCUGUGAUGUGUGGAGCGUGGGCUGUGCCAUCAUCGAGAUGUCCUGUGGCAAGCCGCCCUGGAAUGCCGAGAAGCACUCCAACCACCUGGCACUCAUAUUCAAGAUUGCGAGCGCCACCACGGCCCCCACCAUCCCACCUCACUUGUCCCCAGGGCUACGUGACGUCACGCUGCGCUGCCUGGAGCUACAGCCCACGGACAGACCGCCGUCGCGCGAGCUGCUCAAGCACCCCGUGUUCCGCAUGAACUGGUAGCACCUGGAGGACGCCUACACCGUACUACUGAGGGCCCCUCGAUUGCCGGCCUCAUGCUGCGUUGCCCUCCCCCUGCUGUUGGACUCGCUGUCAAUCGCCCGGCGGUGAGCGCAAGCUCCACCCGUAAGAGGCUACACCUCGUCAUGCAAUGGGCGCAACCUGCUGUACUUUGGCACAGGAUGGCCACAACCUGCUGUAUCCUAGCACAUAACAGCUCGAACGCGCUGUACUGUAGCACGCGACAGCCGCAACGCGCGCACCACUAGCUCGCCCCGGCUUCAACCUGCUGUACCUUAGCAUGCAAUAAGUCAUGACUUUGCUUUUAAAAGGUGCCUUUUUUCUUUUUAAGUGUGAGGUUGCUUCUCUCUGUCCAGCUUUAAUUAUAAUCCAGUCUGUCUUUCCAUCAUGGACUGCUUAACUUGACUAUCGGCGGUCCUGUGAUGAAUUGGGGGGUUUUUUUUUUUUUUUUUUUUUUUUUCUCUUCCCUCCUUCUCUCUUCAGCACUUUUCUUUGCAGCAAGGUUUGGAAUGGGUUUCUGUGACACCUGGCACUCAGUCUCAUCAGCCAUAAACGUUUGACAAUGGAUCGACAUGCAGGAUGCGUUUUUUGACCACACGUAGGUCACUGUGCUUCGUCAUACGCGUAAAUAAACGCCCAUAGCUGUAAAAAUUUCCUUGCAUCUAGAAUACAGGGGUUUUUAAGUGGGUCUUUAUUUUUGUAGUCUGUUGAUCUUGUGUAUACCACAUUUCUAAAUGCAAUUAUAUAAAGAUGCCUUUAAUGCGUGCAUUUUACUGUCGGGCCAUUGUGAUGUGGUCAACUUUUUUUUUUUUUUUUGGAAAGAAUUUUUAAAGAGUUUCAGGGAAAGGUGAUAUUUAGCAGAAUCGUUGCUUUGUGGGCAAAGUGCUGAAUGUGAACGUUUAAAAUGCCGGCAUUUCAAAGAUUUGUGUUUUGAUUUUUGUCUGACAUUUUCAAUAGAACAAUGCAUUUCAUACAUGUAUGAAAAUUAUUUGCUUUUUCAAUUUUACUGAGGUCAUUUGUUCACGGCAUAGUGCAAAUGAAACAUUUUUCAACGUGUUGGUAAAAGGUUCAACAGGGCGGUUUGAAGUCAGAUGAACGGUGAAUAUGUUAGUUUCUUCACGUUGUUACAUUUGACGCUUGUGAACCUAGAUGAAACAAAAAAGCUAUUUUGAAAUGUUUUAAAUCCUCACAUGAGGGAGAGUUAAAUGAAAAGUGUAAUUUUUAUAACUGUUCUGCCAUUUUCUUUUGGUGCUGUUCCAUCGUACAUGGUUGGCUCAAUUGUUGACUCCUUUUGAAUGAUCUUGAAUAUAUAUUUUAAGAAAAAAGUUAAUGUACAUCUGAGGUUUUCUAAAUCUUUUCCACCAGGUAUUUUUUCAUAUAGUAAACUGUCAAUGCUGUCAACUUUGGUGGAUGGGAUAUAUUGCAAAUAUAUGGACACACAGCAGAUCUAUAGACUUUUUUCCUGAAUUUAAAAAGAAAAAAUGAAAGUUCAUCUCUUGAUUAGACUUUAGAACAUGUUCAGAUUUUAUAAACUAACUCUUCAAGUCUUGUUUUUCUGGCUCUAGGUUAAAAUUUUUUGAACAAGAUAAAUGAUGGUAGUGCUAUGUCAAAGGUUAAAGCAAGAGUAUUUUGAAAACAGCAUAUGCAAAUUUAAUGCUUUUGAUUUGGAAAACCUAGACAGAGAAUUGGACAAGGGACCUCGUUGACAAUUUGAGAACGCUUAUCAAAACUUUAUUUAAUGAAAAUUUCUAUUUCUUUAUUUUGCAAAGCUUGAAGAGUUACUGUAAAUAAAUGUGAAGUUUGGUAGCUAAAGUUAUUGUACUUGACUUUUUUUUUUUUUUUUAUACCACACUUCUUCCAUAAAUACAAAAUGUGGUGGUUUUUUUUUUUUUUUUUUUGUCUGCUUUGGGUUACUUUUCUUAUCUUACUUUCAAUGUCUUUUUUAAAGAGCUUUAAAUGUAUGCACUCUUGACAUUUUUAUAUAUUGGAAAAAUUCUAUUUCUGUCAAAUUCAUAAAAUCUAAUCAGUAUUACUUCAGUUUGCCUAUUAUUUCUACCAAUCUCUUGAUGCCUUUGAAUCUUCUUGUACUCCUGUGUCUUUGCCAGCUGACUGGCCUGUGUUAUGUAUUUUAAUUUUUUCUUAUUUUAAAAGCAGAUGUGAUGUAAUCUUAUUUCCUUUUUGGAUUGGAGCUGGACUGAAAUCGUCAUGUGAACAUUCUUUUCCUGUGUCGCUUGGUGGUACUUUUUUUUUUUUCCUCUUUGUAAAGAAAUGUCUAUUGCUGAUUUAUUCCAGUUUCUACUACCUCAGGUGUCCUAUAGAGUUUUUCUUCAACCAAAGUUCACUUUCUCAAUAUAUAUUCUAUUUGACUGUGAUUUUUUUAUUUUUUUUUCCCCUCCUUUUCAAAGAU